AUGUUAGUGCCAGAGAAAAACAAAAGUGGAGCCAUGUUCACCCUCUCAGGCUUCUCAGAUUACCCAAAACUGCAAGUACCACUCUUCCUGACUUUUAUGGGCAUCUACAGCAUCACUGUGGUAGGGAAUAUUGGGAUGCUGGUCAUAAUCAAAAUUAAUCCCAAACUGCACACCCCCAUGUAUUUUUUCCUGAGUCAUCUCUCAUUCGUGGAUUUCUGCUACUCCUCCAUCAUUGCUCCUAAGAUGUUGGCGAACCUAAUGACAAGGGACAGGAGCAUUUCAUUUUCAGGAUGCAUAACACAAUACUUUUUCUUUUGUUCCUUUGUGGUAACAGAAGUCUUUUUAUUAGCAGCCAUGGCCUAUGACCGCUUUGUAGCCAUCUGUAACCCUCUUCUCUACACAGUCACCAUGUCCCAGAAACGCUGUGCCCUGCUGGUGGUGGGGUCAUAUUCAUGGGGGGUGGGUUGCUCCUUGAUACUAACCUGCUCCACCUUGCAACUGUCAUUUCACAAUUUCAACAUAAUUGAUCACUUCUUCUGUGAGAUUUCCUCACUGCUCUCUUUGUCUUGCUCAGACACUUAUAUUAAUCAGCUACUGUUGUUCCUUAUCUCCGUAUUUACUGCAAUGGGCACACUCCUCAUUAUUCUUUUGUCUUAUUUGUUCAUUGUUGUCACCAUUCUCAAGAUGCAUUCAGCCAGCGGGCGCCGCAAGGCUUUCUCCACUUGUGCCUCCCACCUGACGGCCAUCAGCAUCUUUUAUGGCACCAUCCUGUUCCUCUACUGUGUUCCCAACUCCAAGAACUCCAGGCACACAGGCAAAGUGGCCUCUGUGUUUUACACAAUGGUAAUCCCCAUGCUGAACCCCCUGAUCUACAGUCUGAGAAAUAAGGAUGUAAAAGACACAGUCUGCAUGUUUAUGAAAAAUAAAUUAUUGUCUCAUUAA